AUGGGACAAAAAUCUAGUAAAAAUAAAAAAGAUUUAACUCAUCUAUCAGACGAAGAUAUUGAUCGUUUAACAAAAAAUACAACUUAUUCAAAACAACAAAUACAAGAUUGGCAUCAAGGAUUUCUUCGUGAUUGUCCAAAUGGAAAACUUGAUAAAAAGAAAUUUUUAGAAGUAUAUAAGAAAUUCUAUCCUGAAGGUAAAGCAGAAAAAUUUUGUGCACAAGUUUUUAAAACAUUUGAUUCUGAUGAUAAUGGUUAUAUUGAUUUUGUCGAAUUUCUUAUUGCUGUGAAUAUUACAUCUCAUGGUGAUGUUCGAGAAAAACUUCGAUUAGCUUUUGAUAUGUAUGAUAUGAAUAAAAAUGGAAAGAUUGACAAGAAAGAAAUGACGAAAGUCAUUACGGCUAUUUAUGAUCUCUUAGGUGAAGAAAAUCGCAAAGGAGAUAAUUCACCAGAAAAUCGAGUGAAAAGAAUUAUGGAUAAAUUAGAUCUUAAUGAUGAUAAAAAUAUUUCUCGUGAUGAAUUCGUUGAAGGCUGUUUGAAAGAUGAUAUUCUUCGACAAUUAUUAGCACCUAAUGUUUAA